CAAACCCCUCCGAAUACGCAGUCACAAGAUUCACAACCCUCCCUCUCUGUUUCUCAUCAAAGGGUUAGGGUUUAUCUUCUCCUCUCUCUCUCCCAAUGGAUCCAUCUAAGAAGCGAAAGCUGGACGAGAACGGCGUCGUUCUGGACACCGACCCCUCCUCCAUCCCUAAACUCUCCCCCGAAGACGCUCGCAAGCUCAUUGAGCGAUUCAACCCCGAUCAACUCAUCGACAUUCUCCAAGACGCCGUCACCCGCCACGUGGACGUCCUUGACGCCGUCCGAUCGAUCGCCGAUCUCGACGCCUCGCAGCGCAAGCUCUUCAUCCGAGGCCUCGGCUGGGACACCACCACCGAGGGCCUCCGCGCUCUGUUCUCCGCCUACGGCGAGCUCGAGGAGGCCAUCGUCAUCCUCGAUAAGGUCACCGGAAAAUCCAGGGGCUACGGCUUCGUCACAUUUAGACACGUCGACGGCGCUCUCUUAGCCCUAAAAGAGCCGAGCAAGAAGAUCGACGGUCGCAUGACCGUGACUCAGCUCGCGGCCGCAGGGAAUUCGAGCUCCAAUGUCAGCUCCAACAACGCAGCCGACGUGUCGUUGCGGAAGAUUUAUGUAGCCAAUGUGCCGUACGACAUGCCGGCGGAUAAGCUCUUGGCGCAUUUUUCUUUCUAUGGGGAGAUAGAGGAGGGGCCGCUAGGGUUUGACAAGCAGACUGGGAAGUGCAAAGGGUACGCGCUGUUUGUGUAUAAGACUCCAGAGGGCGCUCAGGCUGCGCUGGUCGAUCCGGUGAAGAACAUCGAGGGGAGGCAAUUGACUUGUAAAUUGGCGAUUGAUGGGAAGAAGGGCAAGCCAGACGGGCCCGGUCAGGGUCAAGGACCUGGGAGUGGCCCUAAUGCGCACGGGGACGGUAUGGGGAUGGCACAACCGUCUUCGAUUGCCGGGCAGUAUGGCGGGCCCGGUGGGAUUGGGUCGUAUGGUGGGUUUUCCAGUGGGCACCAGGGCCCACCUCCGUUGGGUCAUCAUCCAUUAGGUGGCCCCGGGCUGUCGUCUGUUGGAAAUCAGGUGAAUUCGGGUUUGGGUGCUGGUGGUGGGUAUGGGGCCGGGUUGGGUGGGCCUUAUGGUAAUUACGGCGGGCCUGGUUCGGUGGGUUAUGGUUUAGGUGGCGCUGGUGGGUUGGGUGGAGCUGGUGGUGGACUUGGUGGUGCUGCGUCUGGUGGUGGAGCUCCCGGUGGCGGUGUGGGUACUGGGUCGUCUUUGUAUGGAUUGGCGCCAAGUUCAGCUGGGUUGCCCUCUAGUAGGUUCCCAGAGAGCGGGCACUACGGCUUGUCGUCCUAUCAGAAUCAGCACCACCAGCAAGCUGGAACAUCACCCAUGCCUAGGGUUCCGCCAGGGGGGAUGUACCCGAAUGUGCCACCUUAUUACUGAGGUGUAUGACCGCUUGUUGGGCGCUGAUGCUUUAUCUGGUUCUGGUGAUUGCGUGAUUGCAGAUAUAUGCUCUGGUUUGAUGAUUGUAUUAGCUGUGCUUUUAUCGCCUCUUCCUCACAUCAUCUGAACCUUUUAAGAUGUAGGUUGUUUCUGAGUUGUGGUAGCCAAAGUGACUAAAUUAGAUUAGUCUUUUGUAUUCUGUCAGGUACUGAUGUGUUAUGUGAGUUAUGUUUUUUUCAAUAUAAAGUAUAGUUUUGUUUUUAUAA